UCCGAUUCAAUUCAAUCCGAUUCAAUCGCAAACCCCCUUGAUUCUGCGGGUGAUUGUUGCUGGUCGUUGCGGGCCGGCUGUCUUACCUUGUCUCCUUUGUUCUUUCCUUCACUCUCUCCUCACUCGUCGUUUGCGUCUACUUCUCCCUCCCCAUCUUGUCUCUCGCUCGCGCCCUCUCCCAUGCCCCGCCGGUCCUAAGCGCCAGCGCUACGCCCCGACAGAUCUGGACGAUCUUCCCUCCCAUCCACCGCCGCCGUGACCGGACUCUCGCUCCCCAGAACUUCGCCGACCCGUGGCCUUUGCAAUUGACACAAUCGCAAUCGCUCCCCUCCCGUCCCGCCAAAUCGACAGGAGCGAGAGACGCUCGUGAGCAACCAUGUCGCUCUCCCCCGACGCCCGCGAUCAGUAUGUACCGAUCAUUGACUCCAUCCUGGGGAAAAGCGAUCUCAAUACCAUCUCCGAAAAGCGCAUCCGCAAAGGUCUGCAGGAAGUGGUCGGCCAUGAUCUUACUCCGCAGAAGGCUGUGAUUAAGCAGCUGAUCAUGGAGAGGUUUGACAUCUUCGCCGAGCGGGGGGGUAUAGGUGCUUCGCCCGAGACCAGCGCCCCGGCAACCAACGGCCACGGCAAGGAUCCGGACUCUGUGACACCACCCGUCGAACCCUCAUCUCCCGCGCAGUCGUCGGUGUCGCAGAAACGCCAUGCGGAUAGCGAGGAGCGUUCCGAUCAGUCGAGCAAGUCGCCGCCGGCCAAGAAGAAGAAGCUCGACAACGACGUUGACGCGGAUGCCCUCUUCGCUGCCAAGCUCCAGGCCGAGGAAAACAUGCGUGCACGUCCUACGCGAGGCUCUAGCACGCGCAAGGCCGCGCCGACGAAAAAGAAGACCAAGGCGAAGACGUCCAAAAAGGUGAAAGCGGAGGACGAUUCGGACCUGGACUCAGGGUCUGACAGCGGCAAGAAGGUCAACCGAUCCGGCGGAUUCCACAAACCCCUGACGCUAUCGCCUGCCCUUUCGGCUUUGCUGGGUGGUGAGGAAACGCUUUCUCGACCGCAAACGGUGAAGAAAUUGUGGCAAUACAUUCACCAACAUGAUCUUCAGGAUCCUAGCGACCGGCGGCAAAUCCGGUGCGACGACGCCAUGCGCGCGGUCUUCAAGCAAGACCGCAUACACAUGUUCACGAUGACCAAAAUCCUCAGCCAAAACCUGUACAGUCAGGACGAAUAGUGCCACUCCUUUUUAUCCGCGAGGGCUGCCAUGAUACCCGGCCUUCGCAACCCGGCGACUCCUUGCCCUAGGCACGCCGUUCACAAUUUACGACUUUCUGAUAUCUUCCAGCACCGCAUUUGGUAACCCGGCGCCUUCUUUUUGGUUUCCAUGAUCCCACUUUGCACCUAUAGUGUUUAUGUUGUAUUUUUCUUUUCUAUAUCUCUGUGCUUUCCUUUGUCCUCUUUCAUUGUGAACUGUCUUUUCUCUCUCUCUCUCUUUUUUGUUGAUUCAUAUCUUCUUCUCUCCAGCGGGAGUUGGUGUUGCCUUCGAGAUCGGGGCGAUGAACGUGUCUAGAACGGUCCGUUCAGGGGAACCGUUCAUUUGGCAUUGCAUAAUACUGUCUUCAUGGUAUAUGAUACAGGUGAUUCUUUUUUUUU